UUCUACCGCGCCUUUUGUCCUUGUCUUUCGUUUCCAAGGCCACCGAGCGCGUUGGUGAGAAUCAGCUGUUCCUCGUCAUCACCAACCACGAUGAGGUGUGAGCUGCGGCAAGGAGUUUAGUCACGUCGACCACGAUGCGAUUGAGGACGAGGAACGAGGGGAAUGGACUGUGCCGGCCGAUCGAUACCAUCAGGUAGCUGCAGCAGCAUUUGCGCAGCCUCGAGCUUACGCCUCACCAAUCGCUCCCACGGGGGCACGGUACUGAAUACGGGGUUUUCUGGAACCCAAGACGUUCGCUACGCUACUACCUACCUACCUAGGUAGUCAUUCCUACUUUCGCUCAUUUCACAGCCACGUCGGUCGUCAUGACUAAAACCGCCCCCGGGUCUUCACUCCCUCAGACCCGCGGAUCCCACCAACACCAACACGACCACCGUCACUCCCACGAUCACAUCCAUCACGGUCGCUACCAGCGCAACGGCGAAACCAAUCCCGCUCGUUCACAUGAAAAGCUUCAUCACCGCAAACUGCCCGACCUGGAGUCCCGCGUCACCGUGGUCGUGCAGACCGUCUCCGUGAUCCAGUACAUUGAUGGCACUGGAUCUGUUAUUGAUGUUCAGACCAUAUUACCGCAGUCGGCCACCCCACCGGCCUUCAAGCCUGUGCACUUGACUCUCGAUUCUUCCUUUCUCAAGACCAUCAUUCCCACGGUGCAAGUCCCGCACGUGCUAUCUGUCCCAACUGGUCAUGGUUUACCCGUGUCCACGUCUUCUGGGACGACCACGUCUUCUGGGACAACCACGUCCUCCGGGACGACCACGUCCUCCGGGACGCAAUCGUCCUCAGCACCUACCACACCUCUGUCAUCGCUCUCUGUUCCGGGGGCUUUGACGUCCGCUCCUUCACCUCCCACUUCUGCCCUCCCGACUCUGUCAGGGGGUGCUUUCAACUCGACGUCCCGCCUACACUCUUUUGGCAACAACACUAUUCAUUCGCACUUUUUCAACUCCACAAAAUCAACGUCGCGUAGUUCAAGCCGCUCCUCAUCAACCCGCAGCUCGACUUUUCUUACCUCGGUUACCGAAGCCCCUUCGAUCACUGUAUUUGCCGGGGUUGGGGAUGUAGGCGACGCAGGUGCCACGGCAGCUCCGCCUGCGAGCAGCCCGACCGGCGUGGGUCCUUCCUCGCCACCGCCCGUCGUACCGAAAGAAUCUGUCAUUGGAGGCGUUGUGGGCGGCCUGGCCGGCAUUGCGCUCAUCGCCGUGGCCCUGAUGUUCUUUCUUAAAUGGAGGAAACGGCAAAUCAACGGCAUGCAGCUCCUCGGCGAUGGGGACGGGCCGGGCAGGCGACUAUCCCUGUUCAGUCGCGGGGGUCCCGGUAGCGGUGGUGGCGGCGGUGCUGGUGGCGGCAUGGCCGAGCGUUCUCUUCCUUUCGCGUUCCCAUCCUCCAUUGCCGCGCUGGGCGGGAAUAGGCGGGCGUCACAGGCCAAACUGGAAGGGGCGGAGCCGGAGUCGGCUGAGAGGAGCUUCUACCGUGUCUCUGGCCGGAAGCUGAACUCAGUCUUACACUCCGGCGGCGACGGAUACGGCGAACCUCACGAACCUCACGAACCCCACGACAGAGCCGUCAGCGGGACGUCGUUCUACCGAGACUCGAUGGCCAUGUUCAACCACCCCGACAGCCAGCCACUGCAGCUGGGAUCGCCGAUGCGGCCCGAGAGCGGCAUUGUAGUCGUGAGGUCCGGUCCUGCACGGACCCCCGUCCAGGCGCAAGGGCCGUUUUUCGAUGACAAUCCUGGUCGGCUAUCUCCCCCAACCCUCGGAACCCUCGGCCGGAGCCUCAUGUCUCAGGCCGGGUCGAGGGCUUCGGCGGGGUCUGGGUCCCGAUUUACUGAAGAUGUAUGACGGCCCUCUGAGGCCGCGAAAUGACUUAUACUCCCCUUAUUUAUACGCGGCGCCUGUACAUGGUUUUUUUUUAUCGAUUGGCUGUCCCCGUAACUAAUGUUUGGAAUGCUGCCCGUGGUCUGCGGCUGCUGGGAGAGAAAGUGAGCGUGCUGCUUAGCGUUAUCGCGUUGUUCGGCAGCUGCUCGUUAAGGAUCACCUCCGUGUCCGAGUCCGAAUACUAUUCUCUUGUAUAUAGUUGCCCAAAGGACAAUACAGUACCAUAUAGCCGCCAAGCACUAUAUUUCGUAUCG